GAGAGAGCAGUAGACUCCGAUCCACUCAUUCAUUCAAUCAUAACCCUUCCACCUUCUUCCUCGCACUCCCCAAUAAAAAAAAAAAAAAAAAAGAAAAAAAAAAAGAAAAAACAUCUCAUCCACCUUCCGUUCUCUCAGGUCUCAACCACUCCGUACCGCCCCAAUUUGCUACUGUGCACCUUCCUUUCGCUUCUUGCUUAGCAUAUGCACGAAGUCUCCAAAGCCUCGGACUUGGCGAUUCGAAAUGUCGGCCCAUAUCGCAACCGAGCAAGUCUGCUAUGUCCACUGCAACUUCUGCAACACCAUCCUGGUGGUUAGCGUCCCUGGCAGCAACUCCCUCACCAUUGUGACGGUAAGAUGCGGGCACUGUGCUAAUUUGCUGUCUGUGAAUUUAGGGGCUCUUCUUCAAACACUCCCUCAAGGUGUUCAGAAAUUGCAGAAUCAUAACCUAGGGUCUCAAGAUCUCAAUAUGGAUUGUGGGUCAUCUUCUAAAUGUAACAAGGUAUCCUUGAUGAACUCCAUGGAAAAUGUUCAGCAGCAAACAUUACCUAUUCGCUCAGUGCCAGAGAAGAGACAGCGUGUUCCUUCUGCUUACAACAGAUUUAUUAAAGAAGAAAUACGAAGACUAAAGGCUACAAAUCCUGACAUUAGCCACAGAGAAGCUUUCAGCGCUGCAGCAAAGAAUUGGGCACACUUUCCUCAUAUCCAAUUCGGGCUAUCCGUGGAUGGGGAUAAACAACAAUAGCUUGGCGAGGCCAUUAAUUGCCUGUCAAGAAGAAGCACAUGGUGAGCAGAUGGUAGAAUUAAAUUAUAUGUUUAUCGGUAUUAUUUCCAUAUGCGUCAGCGUAAGAAGUCCUUGUACCUACAAUGACCAUAUCUAGCUAGGAGCUAUUAUCAUGGGUUGUCGUCAAUCUUUCAACACUUUGUGAUUGUAUGUUAGCAGUGUCAACUGUUCUUCAACAGUACUAAUGACCUAAUUUGUACUAUUAUUCAAUUGUCUUGCUCGAUAAAGCCAACCCAGCUAAACAGCUCAAAAA